UGGCGGCUCUUGUGUCUUGUGUUUGGCCUGGUCUUGGUGCUUCUUGCUUAGAAACUUUUGAAGGUGUGAAGUAAAGUUAAUGGAUUGUGUUGGAAAUUUUAGUGUUUAGUUGACAUUAUCAACAUAAUAUUACACUGUGAGUUUCUUUUGGAGCUAUUCUACAUCAUCUAUUACGUAACUUUAGUGCUCAUAUAGACAUAACCGCAACAUGGAGACUGCCUUCCGAACUCCUGAUAAAGGAGCUAAAAGUGCUCCUGCGAAAGUAUUACUGUCAAAAUCAGAUGUGAUGAGCGUAUCAAGUCGCAAGUGCUUGUUUCCCGAUAAUAGUUGGCGCUCAAAGAAAGUAUCCGAUGAUGAUGAUGACAUGAACAAGCCGACCGUCAUUGACACUUACCUCAAGCCAUCCAGUUUCUAUGGAAAUUCGGCACCCAUCACAAAGACUGACUUCCCCAAGGUUUCCAGACCUCUUCCAGAUGCCAGUUACAAGUCAAGAGUCAGGCUGUUCCAUGACGGCUCAUUGAAAAGGAAAAGGUCUAUUGGAGGAGGCAGACGCUCUCUCGGUUCACUCAAGCGACCGAAAAACGAGAUCUACACGGGCGUGAGUCACUCGAUCAAGCCGCGGAAGCCGGUCGUCGCCAACGGCAAGAGGAGGUCUUCGUCGGCGACCCGCGACAGCCCUGGAGGCAGCAGCAGUGACGUCAGUCCCACACGCAGUUCACCCGGGACUCAGUCCGACAAACAGUUCGAGUCGCCCAGCAAGACUGACAACAUCCUGUUCCGCGACUCCCUCGUUUACACCACGCGCAAGACGCCCAGGUCUAUGAAGAAGUCGUCAUCGUCCUCCAAGAACUCGUGGUCGAUGAAGUUCACCAAAGCCAGGCGCGAGGAGGUGAGCGAGGGAGAGGGCGAAUCGGGCAAGAAAAGGAAGUUCUUCAAGAGCACCGGAAAGUCGCCGAUAAGCCCGUACAACGUGAUCCUGCCGGAGAAGACAAAACGCCGCAAGCUGUUGAGCAACACCCAGGACGAAGUGAACAUGUACAAGCACCUGGGCACUGCCAGCGACAUCCUCGACCUGAUAGAGGACGGCCGUGUUCUCGAGGAGCACGACGAACAGCGUACCGAGGAUGUCAGCAAGCUGAUUGGCCAGCUGGCCGACGAGAAUGACGAGAAUAUGCCGAUUGACAACCUCCUCGACAUCACCCAAAACACUAACAAUCUAUCCAUUACUGACAGUCCGCAGUCCAAUUUGAAUACUCCACAGAAAAUACUUGGAGUUACUCCUCUUGGGUCUUCUCCCAGACGAUCGCCACGUAUAAGAACGCCUACGAAGCUAUUCUCUAUUUUCGAUAAGAGUUCUCCAAGAUUCACCGAUAUCAGCAACAUGACGUCGGCUGGGAAGUCGCCAUCGAAGGGUAAGAGAAGCCCUGUGAAGACUCCGGCCAAACUGAGGCCGAUUAGCAGCGAUCAGCUGCAGAUUGACGUCGGCCAGAAGAAGCUGGGCGAGAAGGUGUGCCCCACCUGCAGCCUCGUCUACCAGAUGGGAGAUCCCGAUGACGAGCUCCAACACGAAAAGUAUCACAACAACCACGCGCUCUUCAAGUUUCUCGGCUGGCAGAACGAGAGAGUAAUCAGACGUUACCGCAUGGACCGAGUGGUGCUGGUCCUCCCUGCCGAUCAGAAAGCCUGGUGGGAUCGAGUCAAGGGACUCCUGCAAGUCAUUGACACGGAGCUUGGUUAUCUCCCGGAGGAACUCCACCCAGAGUUGCAGUUUCUGAUGUAUGUUUCGAACAAGAAGAUAAUAGGCUGCCUGGCUGCGUUGCCUGUCAACAAAGCGUACAAAAUGCUGAUGAGCGAGUCGGACAUCGACAUGUGCUCCGAAGAGUCCUACCCUGUCAAAUGUGCCGUCAGCCGAGUUUGGACUCACAAAAAUUUCAGAAAAUCUGGCAUCGCUUCUAAGCUUAUGGAUUGUCUCAGAUCCUCUUUCCUACCCGGCGAGUACCUUCAAGUUGAUGACGUAGCAUUUUCGGUCCCAACAGUCGAUGGAAGGAUCUUCGCACAGAAAUACACAAAACGUGAAGAUUAUCUAGUCUAUACCGGAUGGUAAAAAAAUAGGUACUAGCCAAAUGAGAGCUGGAUUUAUUCCAGUAUCAGAUCUUUGUGAUGAUUGUUUGUGUAGAUAAUGUUAUUUAGGUGUGUGUUUUUGACUUAGAUGUAAUUUGACUAUAGCUUGGUCAAUAUUGUUGUAGUGCAACAUUCUGUUGUAAUUCAAAGCCUUUAAAGGAAACAAAAAAUGACAAUAGUUCUAAAAUUGAUAAAAAAUAUUAAUUUCAACUUUCGUAAUUCAAUCAAUAGCUCAUUCUAAUUGAAGAAGUUUAAAUGAGAAAUUACUUCUUUAUAUUACGCUUAUUUCACUUGAAAGUAUUUUGCUUCAUUAGGUAAAGUUGAUACCUCAUAUUCUUGAUACGAAAGUAUAUCCUUGAUACAUUAUUAUAUUCGACUGUAACAAAAUGUUGUUUGAGGUUAGGAUCUCAACUUUUCUAUAUCAUACUAUUUGCUUUAUUUCACCCAAGUGUAUUCUAAUAGUAUAAUAUACCUCAAUAAGUAAAAAUGAAAAAUAGCUAAAAAAUCAUAUUGCACUUAUUUCAACAACUUAUUUACUAUUAAUAUCUCGAGGAAAAGAAAAAAUAGAGUUGAUACACAAUACUCUUCAUACAUAAGAAUACAAGUAUACCCUUGCUACAUUUUUAUAUUCCUCUGAAUGAUUGAGAUAGAGAUAUCCUAGUUUGCUAGCGGUAAUUUUCCUAGAGUUAGUUGACUAGUAUCCUAAAAUUAAUAUAGAGUAUUAAGUGUAUAAGAAUACUAAUUAGAGGAGUAGACUAUAAUAAAUUAUUAUUAAUUGUUCUUCAUAUUAGCGUCAACGCAAACGAUUCUUUUUUGUUUUCAAAACAAGUCAGCAAUAUCUUUCAUUGAGUAUUCUUUAAUUUCCAAGUCAUCAAUGAAAGACAUUACUCACAGAUGGUUACGCGUAAUUUGUGUUGUUGUAGCCUAUAUUAAAUAACUUGGUAAAAUGAAAAAGCUUCUUUGUUUGGCUGACUCAUUUAUUAUAAGCUACAUAUUAGAAGAGCCAAAACUUUGUUUCAAACCCAAGAUUAAAUUGAUUCAUUUGCCCAACUCUAAAAUAUCUUCAAGCUGCUCAAGAAGGUCUUCUGAUAUUCUUUUCAAUUUGAAAACGCUGCUUUAGGCAAGAAAGUCUGAUAGAUUCUCAAACGUUUUACCUCUCAAUGAAAUUUUAUUUCGUAAUGCUGGAUUUGAAACAUCAUAAUAUCUUGAUGUAUUUUAUAAUCUUGAUUGAAGGUUUUCAAUAGACCCCAUUGGUUAAAUGCAGAGUUUUUUAGACUCAACCUCGAAUCUAUAACAAUAGAUCUACUAACCUUGAGAAUGUGCUGGAAUCCUAGAUUAAUCAUUUAUGUGCACUCGCUCUCAAUAUUGUUGUUAGUCCAAUGUAGUGCCUCUCUGCUUCUCUAUACACUUGCUGCUUCUUAAAGAACUUCGUUUUGAAGUCUGAUUUAUACAUUUUAUUGAAUAAGAUAAUCUUUUUAUACUUCACGCGCUAUUCACGAUGAAAGAAAUAUUCAGUUUGACCAUUUAGCUUUCUUUUAAGAAUAAUCUAUUGUUUUGAUUAGUAUAUUGUUAGCUUGGAUUGUUCGCACAUAAUUAUGUUACUUAUAAAAUAGUCUUGAUUUUAUCAUUAUUUGUCUGAAAUGUAUUUUUGAUAAACUUUUUAAGACUGGUAGUAUUUGAGCAGAAAAUAGUUUUUUAAGCAGUUAAAAACAAUUUUAAGUAUGUACGGUAUAUGUUUUAUAGUUUGGUACAGCAGAAUUAAACGUACAAAGUUGAUAGUUAAAGUUUUUAUAGUAAUAGGAUUCGUUUAGGUGAAAUUGGUAUUUUUCAAUAGAAACUUGUGUUAGAUUUGCAUUUGUUAUUGUUAUAAUGCGAUAAUUUUUUACGUUGCACACAAUUUUCAAGAAGUGGAUUAUACUUGUACAAUAUAUUAUACAAUAUUUACUUGUUUGAUGCGCUGAUAAACUGUCUGAUCUACUUAUUUUUCAUUAGUUCAUCUCUUAUGGAGAAAACCAUGAAUUGAAUAACUUGGAAGUGAUUGAUAAUAACUUUGCCUAACAUUAUCCGUCCAAUUACAAUUCGAUUCUUCUACAGUGCUAAAGAAGCUAUGUAGCCUAUGUAUUUUAAAAUGUUUCUUGUUCAUUCUUAUAGAAUUUCUUUAUCCGUUUCUAAUCAUGAUCCUGAAGAAUUAAUGCUAAUUUUAAGUUGCUUAUACACCAGAACUUCAAGUCACUAGACUUGAAAGUGAUUCUGUUUAACAUCUCGGUUAUAUUCUUUGAUAUAUUGCUAUAUUCAUCAUACCUAGUUAUAAGUUAUUAAAAAUACAAUGUUCAAGCAGGUUUAUGAAGCUAAUUUUAUUGAUAAUGUGAACAUUCUACAUGAUAAAACAUCUUGUUUUAAAUUAUUUCUCAAAUACUAAUUAUUGUCGCAUUUGUUUUCAAUUUACACUAA